AUGACGGACGCACCGCCGACUGCAUCGCCUCGCGUCUUGGUCAAGGGCACUCUGCGGCCGCCAGCGCCCUGUCCUCUCUCUUACACCCAAGGCCCGACCCCCAAGGACGAAGUGGCAUUUCAGAAAGCAGGAUCACAACGGCAAACUCCCGCCCCGGUUGAGGUUGUUUCAACCUCUCUGCCUCAGCCCUUUGUGAAUCCUGCCGGCGGCUUGCAAGGCCGUCCUUCAGCGUAA